AUGAUUAUAAGAGUCCAAGGGAGAGACAGAACUAUGCGUAUUGAAGUGGUUGGCACAACGACUGCAGAGCAAAUAAAGGAAGAAAUAAACAGCAGAACAAAAAGUGUCUGCACAGCGCUUUUGCACAAUCAAAAAGAAAUGGUUGGGACUGUUGAAGAGAACAAAAUGGAGAAUGGAGAAGUACUUACAGCAGAGUAUGAAGUGGUGAAAGAGCCUGAGGCAGAAGACGCCCCAUCCGAGAAAGCAUCCAAGGACUCUGCACAGGAAAACGGUGUGUGCCACCACGGGCCAUCUGGGAUGUGCAGUAACUGCAUGGCUGAAGACUCCUGGGUCUCAGAGCAGUUUAAAGAGCGGAGAUCUAUCUCGCAGGGCGCAUACGAAGAGUACCUUCACUCUAAGCUGAAAUGUCUGCAGAUAGAAACACAUCUGCCUCCUCCCUGCGGAACACACAGAGCCGAGCACAGAUGCAAUAAGUGCAUUCCAAAGGAGAUAUACCUGGCACAGCAGCCAUUUCGCCCGGUUGACCACAUCGAAGUCCACGACAGGGCCAUAAUAGAACAAAUUCUCAUAGAGAGAAAGGAGAAGAACGUGCAGUCUGUGCAUUUUCUUGUAGGGCGAUACUCAGAGUAUACAGAGGUCCCUAAGGGCUGCAAAGCUGAAGUGUUUGCAAAGAUAGCACCAAGACAGAAAGGGCUUACAGACGGCUUUUUGAUAGACGAAACAGACCCGAUCCUUAAAGGAGAAGAUAAAUCGCUGAAUAGAGUGCUGAGGGCAUUGAAUAUGCAGAUUGUAGGCAUGGUGUACACAAGAAUCAUGAAGGAGGAGUCGCCUUUUAUCAGCGCGCUGGAGGUGGCCUUUAUUGCCAGAAUGCAGAAUGCAUUUGGAGAGUGGAAAGACGGGGAGAGAAAAGGGUCGCGCUUUGCAACUUUGAUUCUGAGCGGAGUAGAGGCCUCUUCAGAAAUAUACGAGUGCAUGGCCACGCAUCUGGGCAUGGAGCUGGCGCUAGAUGGCCUCCUGCAGGCAUCUGAGAAUCCUCUUGAAAUGUCGGUUAAGUCCAUAGACGUGAUAUGGCGUGAUAAAGAGGGAGCGCACACAGGAAGUAAAAUACCAGUUGAAUAUCUGGUGGUUCGCCCCACGCAUGGACUCACACAGAACAAACGGCUUUUUUGUAUAGACACCAAACGCAACUGGUUCAAGCGGGGCAUGGGAGUGAGCAAGCUAAAGAAGCAUUUCCAGAAGAGUCUUACUGAGGAGUCAAUCUGCCAGGUAAGUCUGCAGGCUUUCUCGGAUCUGGACGUGCUUUUGGAGCUGGAAGACAUGGGAAUUCUGCCAGACAGUCUUCUAGAAUGCGUAGAGAAAAACGACAGUGAGCUGUUCAAGAAAAACGUGCUAGAGAACAAGUUCGAUGAAAUUGUAGAUAUCGCAAAAGACUGCAAAGAGUCCUUGCCCUGGUGCUGUAAUAUGUGCACACUGCAAAACGCAGCCUUUCGAACAAUAUGUGAAGCCUGCGGGCUUGACAAAGGCUCAUACUAA